AUGACCGCCAACAGUAAGAUGAUGUCGGCGAGGAUUCAAAUAGCCAGUGCCGACGAGCUCGAAACUAGUAUUGAGCAAUCGAUCUACUGGACCCUGAUCCCGGUGACGUGGAAGAUCUCGCCUCCGGACUUGAAUACAUUGACCAGUGGAUCCAGAGCUGCGGAAUCUUCCUUCGUCUGUGAUAAAAAGAACGACCGGGGCUACUAUCUCGUCCCUUCAGAGGAUCCGAAAAAUAACAGCUUUUCGAGGUCCGGACGGAUUGACGCUAUCGGAUGCCGCGAGUUCGAGAUGCUGCCCGGCACGGACGAGCUGGGAUGUGUUUGGGGAGGCAUCACCAAGGAGGACAUCGUCAUGGGCUCACUGGCGACGUAUAAAGCUAACGGCAAUAAAAACGUGGGCGGUUCCGAACCGUGGAGCCUCAAGGAGUCAAAGGCUGAUUAG